AUGGCCGAGGCACUGGCAGCAGCUUUCACGGAUAAUCUCUUGACAUGUAGCAUCUGUCUGGGAGAGUAUGAAGACCCCCGCGUGCUGCCUUGCUACCAUACAUUUUGCUAUGGUUGCAUAUGUGACCAUGUUAAGAGAACUAGUUCUCCAAAUAGAACAUUUCUAUGCCCUGUUUGCCGGGAAAAAAUCCAGUUUCCAGCUGGUGGACUUAGUCAUCUGAAAAAGAACUUUGUCUUUAGCAAAGCCAAGGACAUCAUUACCCAGCAACAAGCAUAUACAGGGACAAUAGACAGUGAACAGACCAAUGUAGCAGCAGUGACACAAGCCACUGCAGAAAUGACCAUCAAUUGUGAGAAACAUCCUGAUAAUAAGCUAAAAUAUUACUGUGAAGAUGAUGAUACCGUUGUAUGUGGUGACUGUGCAUCAACAGAACACUACAGACAUGGUAUUGUGCCAGUUGAAAAACUUGCAAAUGCCAAUCGAAAUAAAGUUAAAACUGCCCUUGUGAAAAUUUUGCCAAAACUAAACAUGUUCGAAGAUGCAGUGGCAAAGGAAACAGCCACUGAAAGAGAAGAAUCAAGACUCAUGACAGCGUCCAUCCACAAAAUCAAAGAACAGGCUCUGACAGAGAGACUGUUAGCAAUGGAGAAAAUACCAGUCCCAACUCCAGACACACCAGCACAGAUAUCCUACACCCCUGGUGAGAUAUCUGCUGCUGGGCUGGAAGCCAUGUUAGGUCAGACUGGUCACCUGUAUAUAACAUCACGGGGUGACAAAUGUGUCCAUGUGUACUCCACCAGGGGUCAGCACCUAACAACCAUGGGUUGUGGUAGACUUGAGAUGCCAAGUGGUGUCACACUGAACAGACAAGGUCAUGUGAUGGUUUGUGACAGUUCAAACAAAUCCAUCUUCACAUUCCACGCAUACAGUGGACAGCUUCUGAACACUAUUCCACUUAGUAUGUGUGAAGACCCCAUUUAUAUCACAGUGAACAGUGUGAAUGAUAACAUUGUGAUAUCAGACUGGGGCAGUAACUCUGUACAUGUGCUGUCACCUACAGGUAACCAGCUGUACCAGUAUGGCACAUAUGGCAGUGGCGAUGGUCAGCUGGGUUAUCCACAUGGGGUGUGCACAGACAGCUAUGGUCACAUCUUCAUUGCUGCCUAUUAUAACCACAAGAUAGUGGCACUGAGUCCACAGGGACAGUUCAUCACAAACAUUGCCACUGCGGAAGAUGGGUUAUGGUGUCCCAUGACAGUACCCAUCAACCCUGCUGGCCAGCUGGUGGUGACAGAUGAAGCUGGUGAAGUUAGGACAUUCCAGUACUUACGAUAA